AGGCUUUGUAGAAAGUUGAAGACAGAAGACAGAAAGGUGAAGAUAGUCAGGAGGAGCGAUACAAGAAGUAGCAGAUUUACAUUAUUACAUUUCAGUACUUCCAUCCUUCAUAUCCAUCAUGAAGCUAAAUCUUUUUCUCCUGUGUCUCACUGGUGUUGUCUCAACUACCCUGCAAGAUGACCGUCAUGAUUACUGUCUGAUUAAAACACCAAUGAUAUGGGCAGAUGCGAGAAUUUACUGCCAGAAAAACAACAAAACUUUAGCUAGGGUGCAGACUGCAGAUGACUGGAAUAGGUUGACCGCUGAGGCAGAAAGACAUGGCCUUACAGUAACUGGCUGGGUCGGAUUAUACAAUAAAGUCAAUGUCUGGUACUGGACCAUUUAUGGUGCACCAAUGAAUAUAACUGCAUCCUACUGGGCCCCUGGACAGCCUGAUAAUUUUCUUGGGAUUGAAACCUGUGUUGCAAUGGACUCAAAUGGAACCUGGGCGGAUUAUCCCAAUGCAGAUCUGAAACCCUGCAUAUGUUACAAUGAUACCUUUGGAGGGUUAAUUGCUAUCCCUUCAUCCCGAAGGAGCUGGUCAGGAAGUCGGAGAUACUGCUUGACCUAUCACACAGAUUUGGCCAGCCCAAAAAAUGAAACACAGAAUAAUGAGUUACAACAGUUGGUGUUAUCCCAGGGCACUUCUUGGAUUGGCAUAAGUAGAUCUGCUUGGGUUUGGAUAAAUGGGUCUGUAGGUCCUGUACUUCCGUGGCGUCCUGGCUAUCCAAAUAAUGCUGAUCGAAACAACAACUGUGGUUUUCUUAAUAACAGCCUGUUAGAGGAUAAACCAUGCAACAACAAAUACUAUUUCUUCUGUCACAUGCCAUAUACAGUGAGAAAGCAAGUAUUAAAACUGAAGAUUCGAGGAGACGAUAGUGUGUUUGAUCCUACUUCUCAGGCAGCCAUUUUACAGCAGUUCAAGCAGAAACUGAUGGCCCUUGGCAUAACAAGGCAGAUGAACGUAGCUUGGAGGGUGCAGCCAGAUGGAAGUGUAUUUCAGAAGAAAAGUGGCAAUGGACUGUAAAUAAAUUUCUUACAUACUUCUCAGCCUAUACCUUUUAAAUUCUGUAUCAGGUUCUGUUGUGAUGUAAAUGUAGUGUCAUGGAAAAAAACAUAUUCAAAUCAAUUUGUAUUCAAUUUAUAACUUGAUAGUUAACUAAAAUGGGUAAAAAAAAAAUGGCACAGAAUGGCACAACUAGGAUCAGUGAAUGUGUUUUGAAAAAAAUAGUUUUAGCAAACGUCUAAUCUGGGUUCAUUUUAGCUUUCAGAUAUGGUUUCAAUCCUCAAUAAUUAUACUUAAUUACCUUUAGCUGUAGCUUCUACAUAUUCUUUUCUACUGUCUUUCUAAUUUUUCAACAAGCUUGGCCUAGAUGUUGUGGUUGGAGUAAUGGAGAGAUUUGGGCCAAAUUAGGACAGCUGCUUUGUACAAUAUCAUAGAUGAGUCUGGUUAGAUUUCUUUCAGACAUAUUUAUUUUUUCAUAUAUAUUCACCAUUAUUAUUAUUAUUGUUACUAUUUAAGCAUUAAUAUAUUCAAAUCAUUGUAAUGCGCCUAAAACAUUUUUGUAAUUUUUCUUCAAUCAUUUUUCUUCUUUUAUACUAUUGUACAUUCUCCUACUCAAGCUCACACAAUUGCAGUCACUUUAAUGUUGUGGUAACACAGUGUAACUAAACAGACACCAAAGAGGCGGGAGUUUAAAUGCAGGAAGUGAAAGUCAAAUAAUUAUAACCUUUGAGUUAAGUUGAUAAGGUCAUAAUAUUGCAGCUAUCAAAACAUAGACAGGAAUAAAUCACAAGCAGAAAUGCAUUUUGAAUUGUGCUUAGUUUUUCUAUCUUUAGUUAAUUCUCUAAUUAUUUCAGUUGGAGCCAGUUUUAGAGGAAAACAAAUCAAACAAAUAAAAUUCACUUCUCUGCAGAGAAAAGAAAUAUUAAGAUGUACAAUAAAAAAAAAAUGACAAAGGAGAGAAAGACAGCCUUCAAGUCAUAGCCAAGCAAGCAGCAUGUGUAAUAAAGACAUAUUUAGUGCAGCUUUUUGUUGUAUUUCUCUAAACUGAAGACUUGAAGGUUGAAUGUUAAGAUCUCUGUCCAUUUUGAUAUUUGUAAAGCAAGUUUCUCUCAUCAAAUAAUUGAACUCUUGAACUGCUAUUGUUACUACUUUUUAAAUCAUUUUAUUUUGUCAAAGAAUCAAAUUACAAUAGACUGUGGGCUUGCAAUAAAUGAAAUUAAUAAAAAAAAAAUAAAAAAUUGUUAGUCCUUCUGUUGUAGUGGUGACAGCCUGUGUUUUUACAGUCCAGGAGUGCAGCAAGUCUCAGAUCAAAGAUUUUAUAGUUAUGAUUUCAAAUGGUUAAUGAGCAAAUAUUAUUGCAAAUGAACAAAUAUUAAUACAUACAUUUCAAUGUUUCUCAUGACCAGGAAGUCUACACACAGUUAUUAUGACUUGUAAUGUAAAUAAGGUGGUUUGCACACUUAGCUGUACUUCUCUACAUAUCCACAAGGUGUCACUAACUUCACUAUUUCGAAAAUGUUGCAUGGCAGUUUGCUUAAUUUUACACAAUUUCCUGCAUUUGUACGUUUUGUUUUCUGUUUUAUUUUAUACUUUUAAAUGUUAUUAGUUACUGGUCAAAAUUGUAUGCAGGUUGCCAGGUGUGACAGAACUCGAACUUUAGAUGCGGACUUCUCUAGGCCUUGAUUGGCCAAUUUGUGCUGUGAUAAGGACUUUUACUCCAUCUCAUUCUGCAGUCAAGCAAUUUGUAUGUUUACAGAUUAAUAAGAAGGAAUUAAAGGUAUUCAGUUUGUGUUAGUCUGGUUACACAAUUUGAAGACAAAAAAUACUAUCCAUCCAUCGAUUCAUUGUGUAGCACUUAUUCUACACAGGAUCAAGUAGGUUCAGAGAUCUGUUGUGUCUAUGUUCCUGGACCUUUUUAUUUCCUGUCCACUAGUUAAUUCAUCUUUAAAUGUUCCCAUGCCUCAAGUUUUGUUGAAUUAUGCACUGGAGACGAUCAUUUUAGUGAUAAUGAUAAUAAUUUAGUUUUAGAAGUCUCCUUAAUACAGCUGCUUUCAAAAUAAGGACUUCAGAUUUUACAUUUCCACUUCUUUCCAAACUCUUUGGUUUUGUUCAAAUUAGGAAAUGCGUAAAUGAAAAUCAGUCUAUGCCAUCUGUGAGGUCUGACCAUUCCUUUGCCCAUAUGCUGUACACCACUGUUUUAAAUAAGUGAUUUGGUAUUAUAAUGGCCGAGUUAGAUGCACAUAUAAAUAUAGUUCUAAAUCUUGUUUUUCUUGUGGUGUUGACAUCCUGAACCGCAUUAGUUUACCUUUUGUUUUUUGGGGGGGGUUUGGGGUUUUUUUUUUUGGCCAUGUAAAGUGUGUAAGAAUUUAGUUGUAGCCUGAUUCUUUCUCCACCUGUUUUUACUGUCAAAAAGUUCCUGAAUGUUUUAUUUCACAGUACAACCUGUUUAGUGUUUGUUACUAUUUUAAAGCUUUUCACAUUUGCAUUAUUUGCACCAGCCAUUUGGGCUGGUUUAGCAAAGGCUUGUGCAGGUAUACACCAACUGGUUAAAAUACCAAUUGCACCACUGAAUACAUUUAUUUGAAAAUGACCAGAUAACUGAAAGAAAAAAAAAUA